AUGAGCAUUACCAGCAAUGCUCUCUCAGGCUCCCUCGAUGAAGCCACAGCGUCUCCUGGAAGUUCCCGUUCUCAGAGCAUCGCCAGCCAACCUGUCGCCCCUUUUCAGACUUCUACCCAAGGCAAUGCGCCUCACUCAUCCCAUUCGCAGACCACAACUACCAACCGCGCCUCUCUAGUCUCCGGUAAUGUCAAAAUGACCGACAUCAUCACCGCAACCGGAAACCUCUCCCUUCACAACCGCCCAAUACGCCCCCAGUCCCACAACCGCCGGGCCUUGCAGGCACACCGCCGUGGGCCUGCUGAGUCGCUUCGCGUUGAAGCCCAGCGUCACCGUGGUUUCUCCACCAUCAUGGCCAACAUCCAGGCACGACAGACGGCACAGGCUUCGCUCUCACACUCACCGCGGACUCGUCAAGUGCGCCCUCGCACCCCCCUCUCCCGCCUCUCCCGCCUCUCCCGCCAGGUCCGCCAGGAGUCCACUAGGUUCCUCAGCCAGUGCGCCCAUAUUCACCAGCGUCAGAGCAUCAGAGCCCAGCGCCGUUCUCAAGUCCCGACUUCGCUCAACACCACCCUGGUGCAGUCGACCAGCGCGGUGGUUAUGGCAGAACUGCGCCAUCGCAGCAUGCUCCGAUCCAAUGCGCAAUUUCUCCAAGAGGUCAGAAUAAUCUCGGCCAUUGCUGCUCGAGUAGGACAUUACGAACGAUUGGUUGCGGGGUGGUACGGGUUGGUAGCAGGGUGA